GGCUGCCAGGUUGCCAAGGACGCGAGUGCCUCGGACUUCCGGCAGUGAGCCGGGCGGCGAGUUGGGCAGCCAGAGCCAGCCGGGCAUCACCUAGGCCGGGCUGCAGCGAUGAGCAGCGAUGACUCCUCCCUCAUGGCUUCGAUCAUUUACUACAGCCAGGAAAAGUACUUCCACCACGUGCAGCAGGCUGCGGGUGUGGGCUUAGAGAGGUACAGCAAUGACCCUGUGCUGCAGUUCUUCAAAGCUUAUGGAGCCCUUGGGGAAGACCAUAUCCAUGAUGCCAUCAGUGAGCUGGAGAGCAUCCAAAGCCACCCAGAUAUGGCCCUAUGCUCUGUCAUCGCUCUGCUUUAUGCUCACAAAUGCUGUGACAUCAUUGAUGGAGAAGCAGUUCAAGAGUUGGAGAGCAGCUUGAAGGAGAUCCGCAAGACGGCCAGUGAUACUGCCCUGUACUAUGCCGGCCUCUUCCUCUGGCUCGUAGACCGCCAUGACAAGGCCAGAGAAUACGUUGACCACAUGCUGAAGGUCUGCAGUGGCUCCAAAGAGGGCUACGUGCUCAGAGGCUGGGUGGACCUCACUUCCAAUAAGCCCCAUGUUGUGAAGAAAUCCAUCAAGUACCUGGAACAAGGAACUCAGGACACCAAAGAUGUGCUGGGGCUGAUGGGCAAGGCAACAUACUUCAUGACCCAGCAGAACUUCUCCAGGGCCCUGGAGGUGGCGAACCAGGUCACUACGGCCUCAGGGAACUUCCUUCCCGCCUUAGUCCUGAAGAUGAGACUGUUCCUGGCCCGGCAAGAUUGGGACCAGACAAUAGAGACCGCACUCAGAAUCCUUGAAAAAGAUGAAAGCAAUAUUGAUGCCUGGCAAAUUCUAACUCUGCAUGAGCUUGUGAGGGAAGGAAGCACGGCCACGGCUACAGAUCGUGUUAGAAGUCUAAUCAAGGCGCUAGAGACUCGAGAACCCCAGAAUCCCAGCCUCCACCUUAAGAAGAUUCUUGUGGUCAGCAGACUGUGUGGGAAGCACCAGGAGGUCCAGCGGCUUGUGAGCGGCUUCCUGGAGCGAAUCUUCAUGGCCACACCCUCCUGUGCCCUUGUGGCCACAGAGCUGGGCUACCUCUUCAUCCUACAGCAGCAAGUGAAGGAAGCAUGUCUGUGGUACAAGGAGGCCAUGAAGCUGGAGGAGAACAGGCUGGAUGCCUUGGCAGGGAGCAUCUGGUGCCAGAUCUUACAGGGCCAGCUGGAGGAGGCCGCGAACCAGCUGGAGUUCCUCAAGGAGGUGCAGCAGUCCCUUGGGAAGUCUGAGGUGCUGGUUUUCCUGCAAGCCCUUGUGGCGUCGAAGAAGCAAAAGCUGGAGCAAGAGGCCACAGCGCUGCUGAAGGAGGCAGUGGAGCUGCAUUUCUCCAGCAUGCAGGGCCUGGCCCUGAGCCCCGAGUACUUUGAAAAGCUGGACCCCCUCUUUCUGGUCUGCAUUGCCAAGGAGUAUCUGCAUUUCUGCCCCAAGCAGCCUCGGUCACCUGGCCAGCUCGUGUCUCCACUUCUUAAACAAGUCGCUAUGAUCUUGAGUCCUGUGGUGAAGGUAGCCCCGGCCAUGAUGGAGCCAUUGUAUGUGAUGGCUCAGGUCAAGUUUCUCUCAGGAGAGCUGGAGAAUGCCCAGAGCACCCUGCAGCGCUGCCUGGAGCUGGAUCCCACCUUAGUGGAUGCCCACCUCCUCAUGUCCCAGAUCUACCUGGCUCAGGGCAACUUUGCCAUGUGUUCCCAUUGUUUAGAGCUGGGUGUCAGCCACAACUUCCAGGUCCGAGACCACCCCCUCUACCACUUCAUCAAAGCCAGGGCCCUCAACAAGACUGGUGACUAUGCUGAGGCCAUAAAGACCUUGAAAAUGAUCAUCAAGUUGCCCACCACAAAGGCGGAAGAGAACAAGAAGCUCCGAGGCCCCUCCGUUGAGCCCAGCGAGCGGGCAUCCAUCCUGCUGGAGCUGGUAGAGGCCCUCCGACUGAACGGGGAGCUGCAUGAGGCCACCAAGAUCAUGCAGGAUGCCAUCAACGAGUUCAGCGGCACACCAGAGGAGAUGCGGAUCACAGUUGCCAAUGUGGACUUGGCUCUGAGCAAAGGCAACGUGGACUUGGCACUGAGCAUGCUGAGAGGCAUCACACCCAAGCAGCCCUGCUACACAGAAGCCAAGGAGAAGAUGGCCAGCAUCUACCUGAACACUCGCAAGGACGUGCGCCUCUACAUCGGAUGCUACAUGGAGCUCUGUGAACAUCUGCCCGGUCCCCAUAGCAGCCUGCUACUGGGUGAUGCUUUCAUGAACAUUCAGGAGCCUGAGAAGGCCCUGGAGGUGUAUGAUGAAGCCUAUAGAAAGAACCCACAUGAUGCCUCCUUGGUCAGUAGGAUUGGACAAGCCUACAUGAAGACCCACCAGUACACCAAGGCCAUUAAUUACUAUGAGGCUGCCCAGAAGAUCAGCGGGCAGGACUUCCUGUGCUGCGAACUGGCCGAACUGCUCCUGAAGCUGAAGAAAUACCACAAGGCAGAGAAGGUGCUGAAGCAGGCCUUGGAACGAGAUUCGGGGGUCAAGGAUAUUCCAUCCAUGAUGAAUGAAGUUAAGUGCUUGCUUUUGCUGGCAAAGGUUUACAAGAGCCAUAAAAAAGAGGAUGUGGUUGAAACGCUGAACCAGGCCUUGGACGUCCAGUCCCGGAUACUGAAGAGAGCCCCUCUGGAACAGCCAGAACUGAUCCCCUUCCAGAAGCAGCUGGCGGCCUCCAUCUGCAUCCAGAUUGGGGAGCACUAUCUGGCAGAGAAGGACUUCGACAGCGCUGUGAAGUCCUAUAAGGAUGCCCUCUCCUACUCACCUACGGACAAUAAGGUGGCGCUGGAGCUGGCACAACUCCACCUACUUCAGGGGCAGCUGGACUUAUGUGAACAGCGCUGUGGCCCCCUCUUACAGAUAGAGCAGACCCAUGAGAGAGCGGCCAUGAUGCUGGCUGACCUGAUGUUCAGAAAACAGAACUACGAAAAGGCCAUCAAUCUCUACCGCCAAGUGCUGGAGAAAGCUCCAGACAAUUUUUUGGUAUUGAAUAAAUUGAUCGAUCUGCUACGACGGAGUGGCAAGCUUGAAGAGGCUCCUGCUUUCUUAGAACUGGCCAAGAAGGUGUCUAGUCGGGUGCCUUUGGAGCCAGGGUUUAACUACUGCCAAGGCAUUUACUACUGGCACAUUGGACAGCCCAAUGAAGCUCUGAGGUUUCUGAACAAAGCCCGAAAGGACAGCACGUGGGGCCAGAUUGCCACCUGCUACAUGGUACAGAUCUGUCUGAACCCUGAUAACGAGGUUGUCGGUGGAGAGGUUUUUGAGAGCCUGGUGGCUGACAGCAACUCUGCCAGUCGGAAAGAGUCCCAGCAGCACGGGGUGCGCACUGCAGAGAAGCUCCUGCGGGAAUUUUACCCACACUCUGACUCCGGGCAGACCCGGCUGCGGCUGCUGCAGGGCCUCUGCCUGCUGGCCACCAGGGAGAAGGCGAAUGUGGAGGUGGCUCUGGGUGCCUUUAUCGAGAUGGCCCAGGCUGAGAAGGACAGUAUCCCUGCGUUGCUGGCCAUGGCACAGGCCUACAUGCUACUGAAGCAAGUCCCCAAGGCCCGUACACAGCUGAAGCGUCUGGCCAAGGUCCCAUGGACACUGGAUGAGGCCGAAGACCUGGAAAAGAGUUGGCUUCUGCUAGCAGACAUCUACUGCCAAGGCGGCAAGUUUGACCUGGCCUUGGAGCUGCUCCGCCGCUGCCUCCAGUACAACAAGUCUUGCUGCAAGGCCUAUGAGUACAUGGGCUUCAUCAUGGAGAAGGAGCAGUCCUACAAGGACGCGGCCACCAACUAUGAGCUGGCCUGGAAGUACAGUCAUCAGACCAGCCCUGCCAUCGGUUUCAAACUGGCUUUCAACUACCUGAAAGACAAGAAAUUUGUAGAUGCCAUCGAAGUCUGUCACAGUGUCCUGACGGAGCACCCCAACUACCCCAAGAUCAGAGAGGAAAUUCUGGAGAAAGCCCAAGGGUCCCUGAGGCUCUAGCCGUGGCUGGAAAGGGCUUGAACCGGUGGAAGCCAUCCAUCUGCAGACGCUCCAUGGGGAGAGUAGGAAGUGGAUCAGUGGAGAAAGAAUUGGGAAAAUGACAUAUUCUCGCCA